AUGCCUGAACUCCAUUCUACCGUCGACAACUCUUCAUCAUCAACUACUAAUAGAGACGCGACCGUAAAGCGGUCGCGAUCUAGUCAGGACACCAAUGUUGACGUCUUGAAUGAAGGAAGAGAACCGAAGAAAAUGAGAACGCCAGCAAAUGAGUUGAACGAGACCUCUGUAUACUCCGCGAAUUCUCUGGGUGGGCUCCCCGUAGAAAUAUUGGCAUUUGAGAUCUGCACAGAUUUAGAGCCGAAAGAUUUAUGGCACCUAUCGUGCACUUCAAUACAUUUUCGACAUAUUCUGAAGAGCUCAGACGUGGCGCCGACUCUGUGGAAAGCCUCCAGGGAGCUUAUUGGGAUGCCAGACUGUCCACCAGAUUUAACGGACAUCCAGUAUACGAAUUUGGCAUUUGGUAAGAAGUGUCAAUACUGCGGAAGAUUCGUGAUGAUCCGUGGGCAAUUAUCAACAGAUGCGCAGAGUUCUCUUGCCGUACAAGGACCAUUGUCGUACUACUUACUUGAAACUGGAAAAAAGUGGAAGAGAGAAUGUUCCUUGUCAGUAAACCCGGCAAGUUGGAUGACUGACAAAAUUAAAGAAUUGAACAACAUAGAAACGCAUGCCGCCAUCUACAAGACAUGGGACGAAAACGAAAGAGAGGAUAACUUGUUUCUUCGUCGUCAAUCAAGGCUUGUCGCCCACUUAAAAUCACUAGGAUGGGAACCCGAGCUCUCUCUUAUGAGCGAAGACGGUUACGAAGAUCUUUUUGAUAUACCUCAAAUUUAUGAUGCAUGCUGCAAUGAAUUGACUGAUACAGUAUUGAUUUCCAUGGGUCCGGACCUCAAUGUAUUGAUGAGCGAGUCCCGCGUGUUAAGACUGCAAGCCGAUCGCAGGGUGUUUCUGGAAAAUCGGCUGCCAAUAUUAUCCAAAGUCGCCAAAGAAUGUGCAGCGCAGUAUUCGCUGUACACUCCGACUCCCUCUGCAGCGGAUUUGUUUAAGGUACAGCUGGUGCGAGACCUAAUAGACGACACAUCAUUAGAACCUUUCACUUCGGCGCACCUCGAUCCCCUGCGUGUCAAUUACGCACAAAUUUCCCAUGAGUGGCGGACCCAGAUGGAAGGGAAGCUUAUAAGCCUGAUCAAAUCAGCCUGUGGCACUACAUAUAAUUUUGACGAAAGCAGCGUGCUUCGACUGGCAACAACUAUCUUCUCAUGCAAAACGUGCCGUAGCGACCACUUGCGGUAUCCUAAUGUCCUGGCCCAUUAUCAUGGUAUUCCAUAUGAACCAUAUAUUAGUGCUGAAAAGGCACUGGACGAGUUGGAACGUCGAUCACUUUCACAUCAUACCAGGAGCACGAUUUGGAACGACGAAAACGGUAUAUAUUUCAACAAAGAUCGCAUGCGAGCCAUGGCGGACAUUCUCGAGCAGUUUGGAUUUGAUCCGGCCGUGACUACCUCUGAGGAGAUGGAUGCAGCUGAUCCGAUAUUCGAAUGUGUAUCUUGCAACAGUCUCAUUAAGGGACGCUGUGUUUUAAGGUGGAAUAUUCUGGAUGAACAUCGCAUUGCACAUGAUCGACAAUUACUCCCCGGAUUGGGGUCCGUGUGCAACUAUGAAUUGCUUACUGGGGAAGAUGAGAUUGUAGCAAGAAGGUGCAUAGACAGCGAUAACGGUCGCAUAAAGGAAGAGUGCGGUGCUACUCUUAAUGAACACGUAUGGAAGGAGCAUGGCAUUGCCGAACCAGGAGAUUCUGACAUCUUGAUUUCUCCCACAGCAAUGACAAACAACCAAAGCAGAAUGUGGCCGCCCCGAAAAAUCAAUUAUCUCGUGUCUCGUAAGUAG